GGCGGCGCCGCCGCGGGGAGGACGGGGCGGGGGAGGGGGGCUGCCGCCGAGCCGCUUUGGCGGAGCCGGAGCCCCCCGCCCCGGCGCUGCCGCCGCGGAUCGAGCCGGAUCCCGAUUCCCCGCGCGCCUCUGCCGGGGGUGGAGGCUUUCCGCCGCCGGGGCUUCCCCCUCCACCCCCGGGGCCGGGCCUCCCGCGCCGCCCCCUCGGGUCCCGCUCGGCCUCCCGCGCCGCCCGGCCCCCCGAGUUUUUUUUUUUUUGUUGUUGUUUUUUGCCGAUGGCUCCGCCGCCCGGAACGGCGCCCGCCGCCCCGGUUAGGAUGCUCGCGCGCUGGUGAAGUCGGCUCGCCGCCCGAGCGGGACCCGCCGCAGCCCGCGCUGGCGAAGGAGGCGUCGGAGGCGGGGGUCCCGCCAUGGGAGACUCGGAGCAGCGGCUGAUCUUGGGCGCGGGCGACGGGCGGCAGACGCCUCCUGGGCAGCUGCAGGCGUCCGCGGGCGACGGGGACGAGCCGGGCGCAGCGGCCUCUGAGAGCGUGUGCGAUGCUGAGGACUCCGCGGCCCCCGAGAAAAGCGAGGAAGAGGAGGAAGAGGAAGAGCUGGACCCCAGGAUACAGGAGGAGCUGGAGCAUCUCAACCAGGCCAACGAGGAGAUCAACCGCGUGGAGCUGCAGCUGGAUGAAGCCCGCACCACGUACCGUCGGAUCCUCUCCGAAUCCGCCCGGAAGCUCAACGCUCAGGGUUCCCAGCUGGGAAACUGCAUCGAGAAGGCUCGUCCCUACUACGAGGCCCGGCGCCUGGCCAAGGAGGCGCAGCAGGAGACGCAGAAGGCGGCGUUGCGCUACGAGCGGGCCGUCAGCAUGCACAACGCGGCCCGCGAGAUGGUCUUCGUGGCCGAGCAGGGCGUCAUGGCCGACAAGAACCGCCUGGACCCCACCUGGCAGGAGAUGCUCAAUCACGCCACCUGCAAAGUGAACGAGGCGGAAGAAGAGCGGCUGCGGAGCGAGCGGGAGCACCAGCGCGUCACGCAGCUGUGCCAGCAGGCCGAGGCCAAGGUGCAGGCCCUGCAGAAGUCCCUCAAGCGCGUCAUCGUGAAGAGCAAGCCUUAUUUUGAGCUCAAGGCGCAGUUCAACCAGAUCCUCGAGGAGCACAAGGCCAAGGUGACGGCGCUGGAGCGUCAAGUGUCGCAGGCCAAGACGCGCUACUCGGUGGCCCUGCGCAACCUGGAGCAGAUCAGCGAGCAGAUCCACGCCCGGCGCCUGCAGCGCCUCGUCGUGCGCCGGGCCUCGCCGGUGGGGGCCGAGGCCGCCCCCCAGUACGGCGGCGCCGAGGCGGCGGCCGGCGGCUCCCGCCUCGGGGCCGAGUGUCCCCCGGCCGACACGCUCUCGGUGCUCAGCCUGCAGACCAUCGCCUCCGACCUGCAGAAGUUCGACUCGGUGGAGCACUUGCUGGGGCUCUCGGACGCCACCAGCCUCAACAGCGACGAGAUGGAGGAGCGGGACCGGCGCCGGGGCGGGCACGGCCAGUUCAAGCACCACCGCAGCGUCAGCCUCUAGCCCGGCUCGGCUGCUCCUCCGCCUCUCGCCCCGUUCCCUCCCUCAGGGAGCCCGGACACAGGGAACGGCGCGGGCAGGAGGAGAGGCGCCGCGGCAGCCACCUCCCCGGCAGGCCGGCAGCGUCGUUUGGGGAGAAAAAAAAAAAAAAAAAGAGGAUGACGGCUCCGCGCGGGGAGACUCGAGCCGCGUCUUGGCGAAGGUGAAGCCUGUCGGGGCGAGGCGGGCUGCAGCGGAGUCGUUACCGCAGCGAGGUCUCUCGCAGCCGCCGGCUCCCCGCGGAGCCGUGACGCUCGCUCGCUCCCCUCCUUCCUCCGCGGCCCCCGGCGCGUCCCGCUCGGCAAGCCGCCGUGCCGGACCCGGCUCCGCGAGGGCCCUGCGCCGCGCCGGCCGAACGGGGGGUGGGUGAGGAGCCCCGGGGCCAGACCUUCCCCCCGACCCCCCUCGCAGGGCUGGCCGGCGCGCCGCGGAGCACGGGCACGCGGUGUAUUUUUUUGGGGGGAAUCGUGUGCCUCUCUGCGCCCCCCCCCCCCCCGACCCUGCAUUUCUGGUGCUUUUGCCCCCGGGACUCGGCCGGGGCGGGGGGAGGCAGUCGGCACGGCCACGUCGCCCGUGAGCCCCGAGGCACGUCCUCGCCCGCCGGCGUUUUGGGGGGAGAGCGUCGGAUCUGCCUCCGCCCUCCUCCUCCUCUGGCUCUUUUCCCCUUGAACUUUGGAGUUUUUUUUUUUUAUUAUUAUUAUUAUUAUUUUUCUCCUUUUUUUUCCCCCCCACACCCUUUUUCUCCCUGGUGAAGAGACAAAUCGCGUGGAAGCUCGUUUGCACUAGCGGGCCGGGGAGGGAGGCGGCGGCGGCGGCGGGCCGGGGCGGGGGUGCCGCCGGCGCCGGUGCCGCUGUGGCCUGCCGGGCUUCGGCCGUGCCGCGGCUGCGAUGAGAACGGCCCCGGGUUCGAGGCAGCCCCGGAGCCAGCGCGCGGGUGAGCGGCUCCCCUGUGUAUUUUAGCCGGAGUAAAGUGGAUUUUUUUUUCCCCCCC